GAGUGUCCGAACUAGGCAUGUGCAAAGGAUUGACAGACGCAAGCUGCAAAGGGGUGGAUUCUAAGCUUAGUAAGCGGAAGCUCGCUUGUACGAAGCCGAGUUGAUCAGAACAUGGCGCCCUUGACAAUUUGCAGAAUAAGACCUCCAACAACAUUAUGGCGACCAGCGCUUCGUCUGUUCAGUUUAGUCGUUCUGUCCAUAUUCCUGACUUCACAGACGGCGCUUGCCAAAAAGGACCACCUCAGAGUUAUCACAGACAGUAACUGGGAGGAAAUCUUGGAAGGAGAAUGGAUGAUUGAGUUCUUUGCCCCUUGGUGCCCAGCUUGCCAGCAGCUCCAACCCGUGUGGAAUGAAUUUGCAGAGUGGGGGGAGGACAUGGGGUUGAACAUCGCCAAAGUGGACGUCACAGAACAGCCGGGUUUGAGUGGUCGGUUCAUCAUCACGGCUCUUCCAACAAUCUACCACUGUAAGGACGGAGUGUUUCGAAGGUACCAGGGUGCUCGGACCAAGGAUGACUUCCUGAGCUUCGUUGACGAGAAAAAGUGGCAAGAAAUAGAACCCGUGUCCUCCUGGUUCGGGCCAUCAUCCUUCAUGAUGAACACGAUGUCGGCUCUCUUCAAGCUCUCCAUGUUCAUACGGCACUGCCAUAACUACCUCACCGAGCAGAUCGGCAUCCCGGUGUGGGGGUCGUACACCAUCUUCGCCCUGGCAACACUUUUCUCCGGCCUGGCCUUGGGUCUGAUCUUGGUGUUCAUCGCAGACUGCGUCUUCCCUUCCAGAAGAUUCUCUUCGGCAAACUACUACCAGAAGAAACAGGCCCUUAAGCAGGCCCGGAUAAUGAAACAGCUGGAGGUUGAGCAUGAGGCAGAUGGGGAGGAAGAUGACGAGGAAGAGGAGGACGAGGACUAUGACGACAGAGAGCAAGAUGAUUUGUGGAGCAGGGGGGUGCCUGAGGGACGGCCCGUUCCCAGGACGGGGGACUUUGAAGAGGAAGCGGUGCGGAGGAGGGUCCUAGGCACUCGCGAAGAAGAGGAGGACACCUAGUGGCCCGGAGGGGAACUGAAGAUGCCUGCAAACGGCACUGAAGAGCCUGGAACUUGUGCAGCGGCGGAGUUGGCGAUGCAGACGAUGUGAUUGGCCAGCUACGCUUAACAGUUUUCUCCCUCCACCUCUGUGGGAGAGCGUGCCAGACUCUCCAUACUGAAUAGCAUCCUCGUGACUGCACAAACACUCCCAGGGGAAGAUAACUAUCCUCAUCACAGAUACUGUUUGCGUUUUUAUUUUGGGUGGGACAGGGGUUUUUUUUCGGUUUCAGUAACGACCUGGAGUAAAAUCAUUUUGCGAUUCUUUGUUAUUGUUUUUACUGUAUCUCCUUUAUAUUAAUCUAUGUUAACGUACUAUGCCGAGUUUGUGCCGAAACGCCCUCUAGAGAACAAAAAAAAAGAAAAAAGUUUUGUGGCUUGUUUUUGUGAACACUGUUUGUGUUCUGGCUUUUCUCAUUUCCUUCCCCCCCUUCUCAACUUACUCAUUGCUCAGAAAUCCUGUUAUUCUGAGAGCUAUUGGCCUUUCGUAUGUCAUGCCUACCAGCUCCACAGUUUCCUGUCUCCUGUUUCUGCAGUUAACACCCAAUAAGGUUUGUGGCUUCCACACCUGCUUGUCUGAUUGGCCGACGCACGGCCUUAAGUUCGGUGCUGAGGUGAAGUGCGUGGCCGCAGUUGGGCGCCCAGCAUGCAGGUGCACGUGCCCCACCACUGUCGUGCGGCUGUGGGGAGUUUUAAAAAUGAGCCUGUGGGCACAGUCUUGAGAGAAACGCCAGAGCCCACAUCCCCCCUUUUUUCACUUGGAGUUCUGCUUUGCCCCAAACUCUGAGGGACGGCAACCUUGAGCCGCUUCUUUUGCGCAUAUUUAUAGAAGAAUUUUUAAAAAACCAGGGCUGUUUGUUCUUUGAAUGUAAAGAAUUACUUCAGUUGCAUCUAUAGUGCGAACGAUGUUGGCUUUAGUACAGGCGUUUUUUAAAUUUUAUUUUUAACUUUAAUUUUGUCCGGGCAUUGGCUGAUUCCCAUCUUGAUGGUGAAUCAGUCUUUUUUUUUAUUAUUAUUUUUUAUUGCUGGGCAUUGUCUAUGCCUGCUGCUGUUUAAGGCUUUUCCUAUUGGUCUAUGUAUUAACCUUUCAGUUUACAUGCAUGAGAAAUAA